AUGCGUAUGCUUCUAAACCAGCAUAACGAAAGUGCCAGUCGCCAUCCGCACCAUAUAAAUUAGGGGAACACCAAACCCAAAAGCUCCGAGCUCUACCUCCUCCAAUCCCUAACCGGAAAAUUCACUGGUUUGAUCCCUUCCCAGUCGAUCUUCGCGGCGGAAGAAAGACGCUGUCUUCCUCCUUAGCGUAUUCUUGCGGUCUUUUUUAUAGAAUCACUUUGGAAUUGAAUUAGGCUGCGGAUAGGAUGGGCUCGAGGCGGCCGAUAAGCGUAGUGGCCGAAUGGGUGCGGCGGCAGCCGCCGAAAGUUAAGGCUUUCCUCUGUGUUGUGGCCGGGAUGGCGGCCCUCGUCUUUCUCAGAUUCGUUGUUCAUGACCAUGAUAACCUAUUCGUUGCAGCGGAGGCGGUUCACGCCAUCGGCAUCUCCGUUCUCAUCUACAAGCUCACCAAAGAAAAAACCUGCGCCGGGCUUUCACUGAAGUCACAGGAAUUGACAGCUUUAUUUUUGGCUGUUAGACUUUACUGCAGUUUUGUUAUGGAGUAUGAUAUACACACACUAUUGGACUCUGCCACUUUAGUCACGACGUUGUGGGUUAUCUACAUGAUCCGUUUUAAGUUAAAGUCUAGUUACAUGGAGGAUAAGGACAACUUCGCAACUUACUAUGUGGUGCUGCCUUGUGUCGUACUGGCCUUGGCAGUUCAUCCAACCACUUCGCACAACAUUGUGAACAGGAUUUUCUGGGCUUUUUGUGUUUACCUAGAAGCUGCUUCAGUGUUGCCACAAUUGAGAUUGAUGCAAAACACAAAGAUUGUUGAACCCUUUACUGCCCAUUAUGUAUUUGCAUUGGGAAUUGCUAGGUUCUUGAGCUGUGCCCAUUGGGUUCUUCAGGUUUUGGAUACCAGAGGACGCUUGCUGACAGCUCUUGGAUACGGGCUGUGGCCUUCCAUGGUUCUCCUUUCUGAAAUAGUUCAAACAUUCAUCCUUGCUGAUUUCUGCUACUACUAUGUUAAGAGCGUCUUCGGCGGACAACUUGUGCUACGUCUUCCUGCUGGUGUCGUUUGAAUUUAGCUUCCCCACCUACAGUAAGAAAUGCAAACAUUAGAAUUUUUUUGUGUUUCCUUGGCCUGUUGGUUUUCUUCAGGCAAUCAAUGAGCGCGCUUGUUGUGGUAAAUUAAAACAAGUUUGGAUCGAAAGAUGUAGAUAUUGAAGUUUCUAUUAAGCACUUUUAUGAGAAAUUAGAUUAUGAGUUUCUUUAAGCCACUUUGGUUGUG